UGGCUGUAGGUCAACUCGUCCGCCUGCCGUGCAGCAUUCACAGCAGCGGCGUUUCAAAUCAACCUCAACACCAUCAUCAUCAUCAUCAUCAUCUCCACGUCUGAUUGAAUUCAAAAAAAGGGGAAAAACGGUCGCGUGGGUGUGCGCGUUUUCUUGUUCUUGCACUGGCGGCUGGUUUCGAGGAUGGCCGAGAGCGAGGCAGAUACGCCGAGCACGCCGAUUGAGUUUGAGAGCAAAUACUUCGAGUUUGAUGGAGUGCGGCUGCCGCCCUUCUGCAGAGGGAAGAUGGAGGAGAUCGCCAACUUCUCCCUCAGAAGUAGCGACAUAUGGAUCGUCACCUACCCGAAGUCAGGCACCAGUCUUCUUCAGGAGGUUGUGUAUCUCGUGAGUCAGGGAGCAGACCCAGAUGAAAUCGGCCUUAUGAACAUUGAUGAACAGCUGCCUGUCUUAGAAUACCCCCAACCUGGCCUGGACAUCAUACAGGAGCUGACAUCCCCUCGUCUGAUCAAAAGCCAUCUUCCCUAUCGAUUCCUCCCUACAGCCAUGCACAACGGAGAGGCCAAGGUGAUUUACAUGGCACGUAACCCUAAGGACCUGGUGGUGUCGUACUACCAGUUUCACCGCUCUCUCAGGACCAUGAGCUACCGGGGAACCUUCCAGGAGUUCUGCCGGCGCUUCAUGAAUGACAAGCUGGGAUAUGGUUCCUGGUUUGAACAUGUUCAGGAAUUUUGGGAACAUCGUAUGGACUCCAAUGUCCUCUUCUUGAAAUAUGAAGACAUGUACAAGGAUCUGGGGACGUUGGUGGAACAGUUAGCCCGAUUCCUGGGUGUUUCCUGUGACAAGGCUCAGCUAGAGGGCAUGGUGGAGAGCUGCAACCAGCUAAUUGAGCAGUGUUCCAACUCAGAGGCACUGUCCAUCUGCAGGGGUCGUGCUGGUCUGUGGAAGGAUGUCUUCACAGUAUCUAUGAAUGAAAAGUUUGACGCCGUGUACAGACAGAAGAUGGGCAAGUCCGACCUGACCUUUGACUUCUGUCUGUGAGGAGCACCUGACCCCGCCCUCACCCCGUACCGCCUCUGUACCCCCACUGAUCUACUGCAGUACAGUCGACACUUCCCACCACGCUCCCACGUCUCCAUUCAGUCAAUCAGUCUGAAGUUUAACAUUGCAGUCUGACAGUGGGAUCACACUACAAGACUUUUCCCAGAAUGCAAUCUGUCUAAAUAUGUUCAACCCAUCCUUGUGGACUGAUCAAAAUGAGUCCAGAUUUCUUAAGAAUUCACUGAAAUUUCUUGGUCAAUAGUUAAACCAAACCUCCCUCAGCCCCUACCUCCACAGUAUGUUCCCACUGCUGUGUAUGUACAUGUGUAUAUACUAACCAGGGUUUGACCGAUAUGGGAUUUUAAAGGCAGAUACCGAUACUCAACACCAAUACCGAUAAUGUCAAUAUUUACAUUAAAAUUCUCCUACAAUAUGGCUGCAUUCACAACAGGGAUUGAGUAACAGGGAUUCAGGCUAUGCGCAGAUAUUAUAUGACUGAAAUACACGGACAAACCAGCCAGUUCAGCCAUUCAGUGUUAUCAUGUUAGGGUUGUCCCUCUUCCAGACGAAGUCCCUUUCCAUUUUUUGCAAAUCCAUGAAAAAUCUGUGUGUGAAAAUGAUUAGUUAGUGGAAAGUAUUGUCUAGGCACAUCUCAAGGCAAAAGUGUUUAUAUCUGUUCCAAAUGGUAACUUGGGGUAAAAGCUGGCUGUGACAGGGUUGAGAUGUAAAAGCUGUUCAACUGGGGAUAGUGGCAUUCAUCGUGUUGCAUUCAUUUGCUCACCUCUGAGAUGACCCAGAACAUGCUAGAGAGUUAUAAAUCCUUCCUGACCUUGGACCCCCUUGGAGAGGCUUUAGGAAGUAGCCAUGGUCAUGGAUAUGAGCAACUUUGUUUAGUCUACUACUACUGUGACCAUGUUACAUGCUAAUGUAGGCUAAUGUACAAGUUCAUGAAGGUGGGGGCCGCAGGCUGGAAUUGAGCCUGCGGCUGCUGCAGGUGGGUCACAGCCUUUGUACACGGGGCGCCUGCUCUACCCACUGAGCCACCUGGCAUCCCAUUUUUAUGUUAUUAUUUGGCGGAAAUGUUGAAAGUUGGCGGCACAGUGGUGCAGUAGUUAGCAUUGUUGCCUCACAGCAAGAGGUUUCUUGGUUUGAGCCUGGGGUGGGAGAGCCCUUCUGUGGGGUGUCUGCAUGUUCUCCAACCUACGACUUCAGACUUGACUUGGGUUUAUCAGUCUUGACCCAGGACUUGAUUCAGGACUUGUCAGGCUUGACUUUGGACUGGACUUGGGAUUCGAUUCAGGACUUGCUUGUCUUGACAUGGAACUUGUCAGUCUUGAUUUGGAACUUGUCAAUCUUGACUUUGGGCCUUGACUUGGGACUUGAUUUUGGACUUGCCUGUCUUGACUUGGGGCUUGUCUCAAUGUCACAGAUCUGGUGUUUAUAUUCUAACUGAACAAACUGGAAAAACCUCUAAGUCUCUUUGGCCAGACAGCACUAACAUCUGCCCUUAAUCUGCCACAUGUCGGUCUAACCCUGACACUGAGUGCAUUAGCAGUUGUCUUGAUGCAGCAGUGGCUCCAGGCCAAGUGGAUGCAUGAAAGGUAACUGUAAGAGGUGAAGCCAAACCUGUAGAGAAGAUGCCAAUCACGCCUAAAUCCAUCCAGCAGCUCACUGUCAAUGCUGGGACAUUGUUGUGUGCAGGGUUUUCAGCCUCAUCACUGAUUGUCACUUAUAUGUGAGCUUCAUGUAUGUGUAUGGAUGUAUGUGAGUGUGUGUGUGUGUGUUAGAAAGAGAGGGAGAAAGAGCGAGGGAGUUCUGUCCUGUUAGUGCUCAGUUAUACGAACAGAAUGCAUCAGGGUUUCCAGACUGACUUAGACAUUAAAUUCAAGGAUUCAUCAAUGAUCUUUAGUGGUAUCAAAAAACAACAACAAUAACAACAACAAAAAGCAGGAUGUGACAGUGAGAAUAGCACCAGAAUUUUCUUCUCAUUUUAAAACAAAAAUCAUCAGAAUAAUUUGACAAUCACAUACAAAUUGGACAAGUAAUGGCUUUAAGGAGCAGCAUACUCAAUUCUCAACACAUUGCUUGAGAUUUUGUGACAACAUGAUGGCUACGUUAUCAGCAUUUGAGACACAAUCUGUUGUUGCACUGUAUUUACUGUGUAUAAUAAAAUAUAUAUACCCUGCGGUGGUAAAAAUGAGCAGCUGCUGCUCAGUUGCAGAUGCAGCUGUGCCAAACACUGUAGAUAAUAUAUAAUGUACUGUCCCCCAGUUAUAAAGGCAGAUUUCAAAAACCUCAUCUUCAAUGUUUAAGGUCCUUGCAGAUAUAAUUUAAGGUUAGGGGCCUAUAUGUGAUUUUUAUGCCUCUGCAUCAGUGACGGCCGUGGCACUAUGUUUCGGGUUGUCCAUAGUGUUUGUCUGUCCCGUCCUUGUGAACAAGAUAUCUCAAGAAUGCCUCAAAGACAUUUCUUCAAAUUUAAGACAAAUGUCCACUUGGACUCAAUGAUGAACUGACUAAUUUUUGGUGGGCAUAGGUCAAUUAUCAAGGUCACUGUGACCUUGUCUGUCUCAAUCUUGUGAAUGUGUUAUCUCAAGAAAGCCUUGAGGGAAUGUGUUCAAAUUGGGCAAGAAGAUGGACUUGGAUUUUAGAAUGUCUGAUUAGAUUUUGGUGGUCAAGACUCAAAGGUCAAGGUUGCUGUGAACUUGCAUCCAUCUCUUUAUUGUGAACACAAUAUCUUAUGGAGAGCUUGAAAUUCCCUCAAGUACAACUUGAGGGAAUUUCUUCAAAUUUGGCAAAAAACAUUCACUUGGACUCAAGCAUGAAUUGAUUGGAUUUUGGUGGU